AUGGUGUGUACUACAGUGUUGCUGGUCCUGUCAUGGUCCUAUGUGCCGUUGGUGGUGUUAUGUUGGCCGACACCCUCACCACUUCCUCUGCUACCCCGACUGUACAACGCUACGUCUAACCUUCUACAAAGGACGUCUAGAGUGCUCAACUUCUUCCCCGUACCUGUCAGCGAAGAAUGUCUAGCAGACGACGGCCGAAGAUCAGGAACCUGCAUGAACACGUACGAGUGCCGGAUACAAAAUGGCCAAUCCCACGGACCAUGUGCGUUGGGCUUUGGUGUCUGCUGUGUCUUCACGGCAACGUGUGGGGACGAGAUAGUGAACAACAUCACCUACUUCAUGAGUCCAGACUUCCCUAGUCUGACCAGAGCCAACCAGACUUGCUCGGUCAAGGUGAAGAAAAUGGACGCAGAGAUCAGCCAGAUACGACUAGACUUUGUGCAUUUCAACCUGGGUCAGCCAAACAGACAGACCGGUGUGUGUGAUACAGACGUGUUCUACAUGUUGGGCGGACAAGGCCGAUCAAUGUCCAUCUGUGGUCAGAACAGUGGUCAACACGUGUAUUACGAAGUGGACAACAACUCAGACACUGUAGAACUCGUGAUGAACCUCACUGCAGCAAACCUGUUUCGCCUCUGGGAAGUUAGGAUUUCUCAAAUUGAAUUUGGAAACAGAGUUCCUGCAGGGUGUUCUCAGUUCUACCAAGGAAAAUCAGGAAUUAUACAAACAAUGAACUACGCAAUCAACGGACGCCAUCUUGCUAACCAAGACUACAAUAUAUGCGUCCGGUCAGAGGAAAACGUUUGUUCCAUUGUAUACGAACCUUGUGAUGACAACUCCUUUAAAAUUGGACCUUCCAUAUUGAGCAACGACGAUCCUGUUGGGUCCGGGGCUGGACCUCUCCCCCUGAGUGACUCCAUGGCAGCAGCAGCUCAGGGUUGUAACGACAGGGUCAUCAUGCCUUGUGACAGCGAGGACUUUCUGACGCCCCAAGGAGGUCCUGGGAUAUGUGACCUGCUUCACUGCGGGGACACCCUGUGUACGCCCGGGGUCUCGCCUUGUAGGAUAGAGAGUAGCAUAAAACCCUUCAAUAUCAAGAUACAGUUUGGUCCAGGACUGAGAGCGGAGAACCCUGAAGACAACCUGGGAAUGUGCCUGAAAUAUGAACAAGUUCCUUGUAGUUAGGUAGAAGUAGGCAGAUAGUAUUCGAAAGUGGAGAGAAAUGCGUAAAAAUAACACAGAAUUGUAAUUAGUACUGUUGUUGUACUACCAAAACGAACUGUUAUUGUAAAUUGACUAUAUUUUAAACAAAUAGUUUAAAAAAGCUUUGAUUUGCUAGAUGUGCUGCACUCAAAGGCCUCUCAGGCUCAUACCAAUGUCCCACCAACUUAAAAUAUGUAAAAUUGAAAUUGCUGUCACAAUAUGUUUCAUCGAGUGACCCAUAGACUUACUGUGUAUAGUCAAUGAUUAUAUCCAGCAACCCGAAGAUUAAAACGGUUUGUAUUAUUAUUUAAAUUUUACAUUAAAAUAUAAUUGAACGGCUA